UCACAAUUAGUUAACAUAAGUUGUCUAUACUGGUAUACCUACUAUCUAAGUAAUUGAAAUAAAUACUGGCGUACGUCUUCUUAUACGAAGGAAUCCCUGCCCAGUGGUCGGGCUCUUCGGGACCCAAAUUUUGUUUGUGGUUUGGUGCAGUUAGUUCCAGCUCUUUUUUUUUUUGAUAUGGAUUAAGUGCCUGAAGCCUUAGAAUAACUGAAAAAUAUGGAUUAUCAACGUUUUUUAUGGUUAGCUAUCCUGGCCUUUAGUAUCCUGGCUCUCUCUGACGCCAGAGUCAGAAGGAAAAAACUCAAAAAAGCCUCAACAACUGAAGCUCCUCAAGAACCAUCGUCUACAACUGAAGCUCUUCAAGAACCAUCGUCUACACCAGAAGACAUAGAUUUUCUCAAAGACACACCAACAAAAAUUGACUUAGAAUCAGUUGAACUCCCAAGUGGUAAGCCUCGAUCGAAGACUCGCAAAACCAUCAAAAGAAAAGUGGAUGGUAUCCAAAACCAAGAUCCAGACUAUAACACCGAAUACGAUUACGAAAACAAUUACGGUGAUUACAACGAAGAAAGAACAUCCUUUGGUCCAAACACCACACCUCAACCUCUGGACGAACGUCCACGAUUCGAUGAUACGGCAACAACUUAUCUGCCUGAUGAACACCCUACAUCAGGUCCCAGUGGUACCAUUGGAGUCAGCAUUGUCGAACCAACUUCCGAAAGUCACAUCGGCGCAUUUGACUGCAGACACGACGGACGAUUCUAUCAAGACAAACAAAAAUGGUCGGUUGGUGAAUGCACGAAUUGCACUUGCGUCAGAGGCAAAGUCGAAUGUCGCACUAAUGACGAUUGUCUGCAAGAUCUGAGACCUACAAGAGAACCUCACGUUGAUUUAUAUCCACUACCUGGACCUAGAGGAGACACUGGUUCACCAGGAGAACAAGGACGGCCUGGUGAUCAUGGCAUACCAGGAUCUCCGGGUUCAGCUGGUGUUCCUGGCUCUCCGGGACCCCCGGGGCCCAUUCCUGAUUUAACAGCUUAUUAUGCUCAAUUGGCGGGUGCAAAUCAAGCAAACGACAAAGGUCCGCAAGUUGUUGAGCCCUUCCAAUAUCUCCAAGCCCAGGUAGGACCUUCAGGUGCAAGAGGACCUCCCGGUCAGCCGGGUGCAACUGGACCGCAAGGUUUCCAAGGAACCAGAGGAGAACUUGGAGAACCGGGACCCCAAGGACCGAUGGGACCUGCUGGAUUGAGAGGACCACCUGGACCACCAGGAAAAGACGGAGAGCGAGGAGAGGAUGGAGAAGCUGGUGCGAUGGGUGCAACUGGUCCAUCAGGGCCUCGAGGUAUACCUGGUAUUCCCGGACUCCCAGGUGCUAAGGGUCACAGGGGUUUCCAAGGCCUGGACGGUGCCAAAGGCGACCAAGGAGCCACCGGCGAAAAAGGGACUCAAGGUGUUCCUGGAUUUGUAGGACCAAUAGGCCCGACGGGUCCUGCGGGGCCUAGGGGUGAAAGAGGACGGGAAGGACCACCAGGACCGCCAGGUUUAAGAGGAAUUGAUGGUGUCGCAGGACCACCUGGGUUACCUGGUGCUAUUGGUAAACCUGGUCCACCAGGAUUCCCAGGAAUACCUGGUGCGAAAGGGGAUCAAGGGUCAGUGGGUCCUGUCGGUAGUCAAGGAUUGCAAGGACCUAGAGGAGAAGAAGGACGACCUGGAAUUCCAGGUGAAACUGGACCUCAAGGUCCCGCAGGAAAAGACGGAUACCCAGGAGAAAAAGGCGCAACCGGCUCUACGGGUCUUAUGGGCCCACCUGGUUUUCCUGGUGCUAAAGGACCUCCAGGAUUAGAUGGAUCUCCUGGCGUACCUGGAGUUAAAGGACUUCCAGGUUUACAAGGGGAGCGCGGUUAUAAAGGAGAUUCAGGACCAAAAGGUGAAACAGGACAAUCAGGUCCUAGAGGACUUCCAGGAUUAGCGGGUCCUGAGGGUAAAAGAGGCAGGAGAGGAAAUAGGGGACCGCCUGGUUCGACAGGACCUCAAGGUGACAGAGGCUUGCCUGGUAUUACAGGAUUACCUGGACCUGAUGGUGCCCCAGGAGUGAAAGGUCAAGCUGGAGAACGUGGCUUCCAAGGCUUACAAGGUAUGAAAGGUUCUCAAGGAGAAAUUGGAAAAACUGGUGCCAUGGGUAUGCAGGGACUCAGAGGCUUAACAGGCAGAACAGGCGCACCUGGAAAAAGCGGACCAGUAGGAGAAAGAGGCCUGCCCGGACAAGAUGGUAAACCUGGCGAACCAGGGGUACAAGGAAUACAAGGUAUUCCAGGGCCUAUCGGUCCUCCAGGAGAUAAAGGAUUGACUGGUGAACCAGGUAAAGAUGGUGAGCCAGGUCCCCAAGGCCAACAAGGUCCCAGAGGUGACUUGGGCAAAGAUGGUCAGCCAGGUGCUCAAGGACCUCAAGGCCCACCGGGACAUGACGGUGAGCGUGGCGCACAAGGUGUAGCCGGACCGAGAGGAUUCCAGGGACUUCCGGGCACACCCGGUAAUCCUGGACAACCAGGAAAAGAUGGAGAAAUCGGCCUGCAAGGACCACCAGGAAUGCCCGGAGCCAUAGGAAUUAGGGGCGAAAGAGGUUUUCCAGGAGAACGUGGUCCGGUUGGACAACCUGGAGGUCCUGGACCUAAAGGAUCUAGUGGAUCUCAAGGAUUGGAAGGACCACCGGGUAUACCAGGUCUCAGAGGUAUGAAGGGUCAUCAAGGUCCACCAGGUUUAGUGGGUCUACCAGGUCUAAGAGGCCAACAAGGAUUCCAAGGAGAAAAGGGAGAAAGAGGAUCUUUCGGACCUGUUGGUCCCGAAGGACCAGCAGGUCGCCAAGGAGAAAGAGGUCCGUUAGGUCCACCAGGACAACCGGGACCGCCAGGUGAACCAGCUGCGCCAGGAGAACCUGGCACACCUGGUACUCCAGGAGAAUCUGGUGCACCAGGAAGUCCAGGGGAAAGAGGACAGAUUGGCCCAGCAGGACCUCAAGGUUUCCCUGGACCGCCAGGCCUAAUUGGACUACCAGGAGUGAAAGGAGAAAGAGGUACAGCAGGUCUUAAGGGUAUGCAAGGAAGUCCAGGACAAGCAGGACGUCCUGGAGAACAAGGCUUACAAGGACCAAUCGGUUUAACUGGCGCCAAAGGGGCUAGAGGUGAAGCAGGUGCCCGUGGUGACGUGGGUUUAAUGGGAUCGCCAGGAAGACCAGGAGAACUUGGAGCUGCAGGUCAUCCUGGAAACACGGGACCAGCCGGACCUCAAGGUUUGCCUGGAAUAAAAGGAAGUUCCGGAGAGCAAGGUAGACCUGGCAAUUCGGGACCUCAAGGUUUACCUGGAUUGCCUGGAUUGGAAGGGCCAAAAGGUGAAUCUGGAUCGGACGGAUCUCCUGGACUUGUUGGACAACCUGGGCCACAAGGACAAGCAGGAGAUAGAGGUUUACCUGGAUUACCUGGUGUGCCAGGCGCAGCAGGUCAGAUCGGCCAUCGAGGCCCUGCAGGGGAACAAGGAAUUCAAGGCAAACCAGGAAAUGAAGGACCUAUGGGACCUCAAGGACCGCCAGGACCUCAUGGUCCUCCUGGACUAAGUGGAGAUCAAGGACCAGAAGGUCCUCCUGGAAAAAUGGGUCCCCCCGGAAUUGCAGGUCGCACUGGCGAUAAAGGACCUCAAGGAGCUCCUGGACAAUCGGGACCGAGUGGCCCACCAGGAUUACCAGGUUCUCCAGGUCAAACUGGUCCAAUGGGAUUGACAGGCGAGCGAGGUCUAAGAGGCGAACAAGGGCUACAAGGUAUUGAAGGCCGAGCUGGAGAAAGAGGCAAACAAGGACAACAGGGCGUCGAGGGUCCUAAAGGGGAAAGAGGUGAAUUGGGACCUAAAGGUGCUAAAGGACACACUGGACUUAUGGGAUUACAAGGUUUACCUGGCCAACAAGGUCCGCCAGGUGAAAAAGGCAUACCGGGUACACCAGGUCUUCCAGGAAAAGACGGUGAUACUGGCCCCAGAGGACAAGCUGGAAGAGAUGGCAAUCCUGGACCACCAGGAUUACCCGGUGGACCAGGUUUAAGAGGAGAAAGUGGUAGCGAAGGACGACCAGGACCCCAAGGAAAUGCAGGUCCUCCAGGGCCACCAGGCCCUCCAGGAGAAGGUAUAGGAUACGAUGCAGCCUCUUUAGCGGCUAUUUUGGCUAACGCGAACACCCAAAAAGGUCCAGAUCCUCUAAGUGAUGAACCGUACGUUCCAAGAGUUUUUGGUAAAGAGUUGACCGAGGAGGAAACCAAAGAAUUAAUUAACAAAGCCUACGAGCAGCUGAAAGCUUCUUUCGAAAAGUUCAAAAAACCUAACGGAGAGAAAACAAGUCCGGGAAGGACUUGCAGGGACAUUCUGGCUGCCUAUCCUGAAUCUCCUAGCGGACAAUAUUGGAUUGAUCCUAAUGAUGGAGAUUCAAAAGAUUCGAUUCUGGUGCAUUGUGAUAUGGAAAGAAGAGCUUCUUGCAUUUAUCCUAGUCCUGCUAGAUCUCAGGAAUUGAAAUAUCUUGGGAAUGAACCUGAAAUUUGGUUAGGAGAAAUGGAUAAAGGAUUUGAGCUAACUUAUAAAGCAGAUUCCACUCAAAUUGGUUAUUUACACUUACUAUCCUCUGGAGCAAGUCAAAAUAUCACUUAUCACUGUAGGAAUUCAGUGGCUUAUUAUGACGUUCAUAAACACACUUAUAGAAAGGGGUUGAAGCUAAUGAGCUAUAACGAUGUGGAAAUUACUCCAAGAGGAAGUAAAUUAAAGUAUGAUGCUCUCAUUGAUGAGUGCAAGUAUCGCAAAGAUUCAUGGGCAAAGUCUGUAUUGGAAUUUAAAACGGACAAACCAUCUAGACUGCCAAUAACCGAUAUUGGCGUAAGAGAUGUUGGAAAAGCUGACCAAAGUUUCUGGAUAGAAAUCGGAGCUGUUUGUUUCUUCUAGAUUCUAUAGUGUUUUAUUUAUUGAUUUUUAAUAUUUGAUACUGCCGACAAGUGAUAAGUUUAGAAAAUAAAAUAUGUCACAUUUUUUUAAAUAUUUUUGAUAAAAGAGUGCUAGGAUAAGUAG